GCUGUGAUAAAACAGCUGAUUUCAGUUAAUUUGUUUAUCUGAUAGUCUAUAUGUGGUGGUUAUUUGAUUAAAAAGAUCGCUAGAGACAUAUUAAGCGACGUUUAACCAGGUGUUAGUAAUAUAAUUAUACGAGUACCUAUAGGGAAAACAAUUGAAGGCUGGGUAAGAUGUCCGAAAAAGAGUACACUUACAACGGCAGGAGAUGGCGCCCACAGCCUACUGUAUCUGGCGGCAACAGUUUUUUCCAUGCAGUAUUUGGCGAAGGACGGCCUCGUCUAGACAGAGACGCCAACUUUAGGAGGAGAUGCUCGCUGAACUUCCUCACAUAUUUCCAAAGCCUAACGAAACCACAACCUCUCAAGGAGCGACUGGAGAAAAUCCUAAAUGCCAUAGAAUCAGAUGAAGACUACUUCACACUUUAUAAGGGUCUUACUGACGGACUGUCUUCUUCAGAGCAAGCAGUUAGUUUAAAGGAAAUUCCCAUUAUCUCAGCUCUAGAAAAUACAGUCAUAGUGGUGUUCACGGAAGACAAAGAAGUACCUUGCAUAUUUGACCCGGAGGAAAACCUCCUGGGAAAUUACCCCUGGAAGAUCAAGGCAGAUGUGGAGGAAGCUGUCAUUUGUGUACGCGACAACGAUUACGUUAGUCUUUGCUUCGACAGGUACGAAACACCCUCUCUUAAGUUAUCACUGGAGGAAUCGACGGUGGAGCCGGAAGGAGAGGUAGAAGAAAAAGAAGACAGAGUUAUACCUACAAGGAAAUGCUACUCGAAACUGAGUGGCUCGGCAGGUAUAAAGGGUAGCCUGUACCAAAUAGACCUACUCACGAUUUAUCUGUUGAAAGCGUCGAAGCUCAACGACAGCUUUUGGCUGUCCACAGAAAAUAAAUGCGCGGGUAAAUUUGAUGACGUGGUGUUGGAGACCCCGCCCGAAGGAGGAAAUGCAAUGAAAGCUUUCUUACUUCAAGCCAAGCACAGGCAGAAGAAAUGUGUUACCUACGACGACUUGUACCAAACAAACUCCGACAAAGAUGACUUCAGUCUUCCUAUGUACUACCUUUCUUAUCAAAAGAUAAAAAGCACUUUCGAUGUUCAAAAGAUGAUUUUGUGUACUAACACCGAGCUAAGGGUCGCUAAAGGGUGUAGCGCCAGGGAAAUCAAGAAGGGGUCCCUUGGAGACAACGACCUUUUGUAUUUUAAAGAUAUGAAUCACCAGUGCUACACUUUCGAUGAAACCGUCGUACCUUUCCUGAUUGAAAAAGUAAAGGAGUACAAAGAAAAUAAUUUGAAAAAUCAAAGCUUUCACGAAAACGUUUUCGACUACGAUCAAGUCGAGGAAUUUCUUUCUAAAUUCCAGCUGGUUACCGGUUACCCCACGGAAGGCGAUCUGGAUGUCGUCAUCGAAGAGAUGCUUCACGGAGAACAACACUGCAACAAAUACGAAACCAAGGACUGUGCCAAGUUCGUAAACAACAAGAUGAUGGAGUGGUUCGAGGGAAAGCAAGGAAGGUACCUCACCCGAGACACACUGAAGAUCUUCCUCAGCGAGUUCCGCAGCACCAAAUUCUGCGAGAAGCUGCGCAACUUCCACAUGCACGUCGAUGGCGACAGCCUGAGCUACAGCAGGACAAAGCGACUGCUGCAUAUUGAAUCCAGAAGGGGGUAUGUCUUGAACAUGAUAAAAGCGUACUGCGCUUUGUACACAACUAAACGGAAGUGUCUCUUUUUGAGUCCCAACGAAUAUUUUGCUACACAGAUCGAGAUGGUGCAAGCGUUCGAAAGGUCUGGGUACGACACCUUGGUAGCUUGCUUCAAAGCUUCCGACGCGGUUUCGACAGAGGCGAUGUCUGAUAAAAUUACAAACGUACUUAAGAAAUACGCUUGGAAGAGAGUUAUACUCAUUACUGGUAAAUCUGACCGAUUGGCGGAGGUUUUGAGAAAGAAAAACGGGGAUAACUAUGAGGAAGUUUACGAAAAUAUUUCCUUCAAUGAUUUGUCGAUGGAAAGUCAGAACAGACUGCUGAUGAGGGUGAUUCAGUUCUUCCAUACGUCGAUAUGAAUUUGUAUUAUGUUGCAGUGUUUAUUUAAGUUAAUUUUUUUGUUAAAUAAAGAGAUAUAGUA